GCCAGAGGCGGCGUGUGGGUGGGUGGUGCCUUCUCGGUAGUUUGCGCCUGCGCUGGUCUGCUGCUCCGCCAAGCCCUCCUUCUCUUCGGAUCGGGCAAAGCUGCUGCGUUUCGACGAGAGAAAACCAUUGGUGUUCGAGCAGUCGCUUUAUAGCACGCUAAUUGGAAAAAUCUUCUCCAAGAUGAACUUCUUCCUGGAAACACUCAGAUUCAUUGGGCUCUUUCUAUAUCUGAUACUGGAGUCUUUCUUUUUAUUAUUUAUCCCUGUGCGGAAGAAGAAUGUUGCUGGCGAAAUAGUGCUUAUAACUGGAGCUGGAAGUGGAAUUGGACGGAUUAUGGCUUUAAAAUUCUCCCGUCUUGGAGCCACUCUGGUUCUCUGGGAUAUUAACGUAGAAGGGAACAAAGAGACAGCCAGACUUGCAAGAGAAAAUGGAGCUACAAGAGUACACUACUACACUUGUGACUGCAGCAAAAGACAAGAGAUUUACCAAGUGGCAGAUCAGGUUAAAAAGGAAGUUGGUGAUGUUAGUAUCCUGGUUAACAAUGCUGGCAUUGUAACAGGAAAAGGAUUCCUGAACACUCCAGACUCACUGAUAGAGAAGACUAUGGAUGUGAACAUAAUGGCCCACUUCUGGACUUUCAAAGCAUUCCUUCCAGCCAUGAUGGCUUCUAAUCAUGGACACUUGGUGACUAUUGCAAGUGGAGCUGGGUUGAUGGGAAUCAAUGGACUGGCAGAUUACUGUGCAAGUAAAUUUGCAGCUGUUGGUUUUGCUGAAUCUAUACAUACCGAGAUGUUGGCAUUGGGGAAGACUGGUGUUAAAUCUACACUUGUCUGCCCAUAUUUCAUUAACACCAGCAUGUUUGAUGGCGUUGAGACAAAGUGGCCACGUUUGCUCCCUAUUCUAGAUCCUGAAUAUGCAGCUGAGAGAAUAGUAUCUGCUGUACUUCGGAAUGAGCAACUUGUGUUAAUGCCACGAAGCAUGUACAUUGCAGAUGCAAUAAAACAUACCAUGCCUGGAAAAUUAGUGCAUCUCACUGCAGACUACUUUGGACUCUUCAAUCUUAUGAAUAAGUUCAGAGGUCAUGCAAAGAAGAACUGAAGACCAUAAACUUCAGAAACCAACAAUAAAUCCAAGUGCCUUGAUAUAUCUGCUUUUCAAUAUGUGUAUGGAACUCAGGUGAUUCCAUAUGUCAGACUCUUGCCAUAGUGAAUAUUUAUGCCUAAAGCUAAUGGCAGUGGGGUGGGGUCAUUGGGGUGGACCAUCGGUAAAAACUAAGAUCUAGUACCAAAUUACACAGAUGGCAGAGUAUGAGAGGAUUACAACUCUCUGGUUCAAUGUCACUAUCAUAUGUAGCUUGCGAACUGAUGUAUUUUACUGCAAUAAAAUAAUACUGGGAAACAAAUGUUAUAUGGAUGUAUUAAGAUUCUAAUACCUUUUAAUACAAUUUUAAGAUUUUAAUACAAUACUAGCUGUACCUUUUUAUGUAUAAAUAAAACAAUGACUGAUAGCCAGACUAAUGCAAGGAUAGGGCAAGGAUGUCACACUAUCUAGUUCUGCUAGGUUGGGAACUUGCGUUCUAGACUAGUGUUGUGCGGAUGCGGCACAACACAUGCAUUUGCACAACCUGUGACACACCAAUUGCCUCCCCACCACCCCGAGAAACGGCAUAUCAUUUUAAAUCUUGGGUCCUGCUUCCCACCUGCAUUAGUAGAUUUGUGCAUCUAGCUAUUUUAACUUUAACACAAAUAGCAAGAUUUUGGUGUUUGGGCUGCAACAUGCUGAUCUUCUCAGUUGGGCUUUCUGUGGUGGAUGAAGAUUUUGACUAAUAUUUCUGCAUCAUUAGCCCUCUUUAGUCACUUAGGUAAAGCAAGGAUGCUGCUCCCAGGUACAGGACCCGUGGGAGUGUUGGCAAUCCCUGCCUUGCAUGCUCCAUAGCUCCAUCCUCACUGUUUAUGACAGAGCAGAGACGAACACUGUACUCAGGAGAGAAACUCACUUUAGCUGGGAAUGCUAGGCAUCCCAUGUGGUAUACUAGUGCACAUCUAUGGCUUUCUAACUGGAGACCACCACCAUAUAACACGCCUUAUCCAAUGCACCAUCUGGCAUAUAAAUCUGUUUUAUAUUUAUCCAAAGACUGUACUAACUUUUCAACCCCCACCCCCUGUGUGCCAUAUAUAUUAGUAACAGAGAUUUCUUUCCAAAAUGGGAUUCGUUGCUUUAUUUUCAUUGUGGGGAGGUCUGGUAUGUGUUUUAUAUGGAACUGAUCUCUACAUCUUGAUAUGUUAAUAUCUGAAGACAGGACCAAAUGACAGGGCCAAGAGUACAGACACUGCUGUACUCAAGUAGUAUUUCCUAUUUAUAUUCAGAACAGUUCACUUAAAGAUGGUAUUCCAAACAUAAAUAUGAAAAAUGAAACUUUGCCUUCUGAUCAAUCCCUGACCAUUAACAAAAGGAAGCAUUUUAGUUAUUGGUUAGCACUCAAAGUAGCUGGUUGGCCCAAAUCUUGUUCUUUUACCUCAAACUUAUCAACAUAAUGCAUUUAUGUUUUCUUAUAGAUGUAUUGUAUGAUAUGGCUGCUUCAGUAAUGAAUAAUCUCAGUUCAUGGAAACUUUAAUCGGUGAAAGAUAAGCAACUUCAGAUAUGACAAAAUGCAGGUUGGAGGAAAGGGGAUCUGAUUUGAAUUUCUUGUUUUCUGAGUUUCUUUGUAAUAGUUGGAUGUUGAACUUGUUUGUGUUGUUUACAUUUUGUGGAGAGAGAGAGAGAUGUAGAAGCCUUUUAGAAGGUUCCAAUUUGCAUCCCAGCAUGCAAGUAAUAUGUCUACCAAAUAAACUCUUAAUUCCUCCAGA